UACAAGUAUGUUCCAUUACGGGUACCCUACAAACAAUCAUCAUUUCUUUCCUUCUCUAUUCUCUCACGUUAUUUCUCUUCCAUACCUUCAACCAAACUAAUUGAGCUGCUAAGUACUUAAUUUGCUAUGGGAAGAACACCUUGUUGUGACAAAAAUAAUGGCCUCAAGAAAGGACCAUGGACAACCGAAGAGGAUCAAAAACUCAUUCAUUACAUUCACAAACAUGGUUAUGGCAAUUGGAGGACACUCCCUAAGAAUGCUGGGUUGCAAAGAUGUGGAAAAAGUUGUCGUCUACGUUGGACAAACUAUCUCCGACCAGACAUAAAACGUGGUCGGUUUUCAUUUGAAGAGGAAGAGACAAUCAUUCAACUACACAGCAUUCUUGGCAACAAAUGGUCUGCAAUUGCGUCUCGAUUACCAGGAAGGACGGACAACGAAAUAAAAAACUAUUGGAACACACAUAUUAGAAAAAGGCUUUUGAGGAUGGGAAUUGAUCCAGUAACACAUAGUCCUAGACUUGAUUUAUUAGACCUUUCUUCUAUUCUCUAUGCUUAUGGUAAUUCAUCAUCACAUAUAAACAACAUCCAAACUCUACUUGGCAUUCAACAACCUUUGGUUAAUCCUGAGCUUCUCAAAUUAGCUUCCUCACUCUUCAACUCAUCACAACAACAAGAUUAUAGUAAUAAUCAACCUUGCAAUCCUCAAAUACAGAGUCAAGUUCCACGUUUUGUCCAAUUUCAAGACCAAUUAGUUCCACAAGUACAUGCUAAUGCUAAUGCUUGUGCAACAUUCACCAACCCUUCAUUGCCUAAUCAAUCACAUAAUAUGUUUGAGCCAAAUGUGGAAGCAUAUACAUCAAAUUUCACUGACCUUAGUUACAAUGAACAACAUUCUGUUCAUGAUUGGCAUGAAAAUGGGUUUGGUUUAAUUAGUACCAUAGCAGAAGAUGAAUAUAUCCCUCAAUUAUUAUCAAGCUAUAAUAAUAAUAAUAAUAAUAAUUAUGGUUGUGAUAAUAUUCAAAAUCUAAUGUAUCAAACUUCAGAUAACAGCAACCAGUUUUUGUCAACACCAUCAUCAAGUCCCACACCGUUGAAUUCAAACUCCACAGAAGAUGAGAGAGAAAGCUAUGACAGUUGUAACAGAUUGAAUUUUCAAAUGUCUGCAGAUCAUGUUUCAGAUGCGAAUGAUCAGUUCAUGUAAUUAAUUUAAGAUUAGAUUUGGAUUUGGAUCGAUGAUCAACACUUAAAAUCAACCAUUUAGUUGGUUGAUUGUUUCCUCCUCUGUUUUUUAUGGGAUACCUAUGAAUCCUUUUGGGAGUGUUGAUUUUUGUAACUUUUCCUAUAUUUUUAUAUUGAUUGAUAAAGUUUAAAUUUCUUAAUUGA